CCCCCAAUGCGGCCGCGAGAAGCAGCGGGGGGGCAGGCGAUCGAAGCCACUAAACGCAUCAUCUCCCAGAGGGCCAGCGUUCUCGAGAUCAUGGAGGCCUCUCUGUCCUUGCUGUGACUGGAGCAAUGCUGACCUCGGUUUCCUGGACCCAUUCUGACUCAGGAGCCUUCACGUAAAUGGGCCCAGUCAUGCCUCCCAGUAAGAAGCCAGAAAGCUCAGGAAUUCGUGUCUCCAGUGGGCUGAGUCAGUGUUACCGGGGCAGUGGUUUCUCCAAGACCCUGCAGGAGGACGAUGACCUCGACUUUCCUCUGCCUGACAUCCGACUAGAAGAGGGGGCAAUGGAAGAUGAAGAGCUGACCAACCUGAACUGGCUGCACGAGAGCAAGAACUUGCUGAAGAGCUUCGGGGACUCGGUCCUGCGGAGUGUCAGCCCCGUCCAGGACCUGGACGAUGACACGCCCCCAUCCCCCGCCCACUCUGACAUGCCCUACGAUGCCAGGCAGAACCCCAACUGUAAACCCCCCUACUCCUUCAGCUGCCUCAUAUUUAUGGCCAUCGAGGACUCUCCAAGCAAGCGCCUGCCGGUGAAGGACAUCUACAACUGGAUCUUGGAACAUUUUCCGUAUUUUGCAAAUGCACCUACUGGGUGGAAAAACUCAGUGAGACAUAAUUUGUCAUUGAAUAAGUGUUUUAAGAAAGUGGACAAAGAGAGGAGUCAGAGUAUCGGGAAAGGGUCAUUGUGGUGCAUAGACCCAGAGUAUAGACAAAAUCUAAUUCAGGCUUUGAAAAAGACACCUUAUCACCCACACUCGAAUGUGUUCAAUACACCUCCUGCCUCUCCUCAGGCAUAUCAAAGCACAUCAGGUCCACCCAUCUGGCCGGGCAGUACCUUCUUCAAGAGAAACGGAGCCCUUCUACAAGAUCCUGACAUUGAUGCUGCCAGUGCCAUGAUGCUUUUGAAUACUCCCCCUGAGAUACAAGCAGGUUUUCCUCCAGGAGUGAUACAAAAUGGAGCGCGGGUUCUGAGCCGAGGCCUGUUUCCUGGAGUCCGGCCCUUGCCCAUCACUCCCAUUGGAAUGACAGCAGCCGGGAGGAACGGCCUCACCAGCUGCCGGAUGCGGACUGAGAGCGAGCCAUCUUGUGGCUCCCCGGUGGUCAGCGGAGACCCCAAGGAGGAUCACAACUACAGCAGUGCCAAAUCCUCCAAUGCCAGGAGCACCUCGCCUGCCAGCGACUCCGUCUCCUCCUCCUCGGCCGACGACCACUACGAGUUUGCCGCCAAGGGGAGCCAGGAGGGCAGCGAGGGCAGCUUCCAGAGCCACGAGAGCCACAGCGAGACGGAGGAGGAUGACAGGAAACGUAGCCCAAAGGAGGCCAAGGAUGCUCUGGGGGACAGCGGCUAUGCGUCCCAGCACAAGAAGCGCCAGCACUUCGCCAAGGCCAGGAAGGUCCCCAGCGACACGCUGCCCCUCAAAAAGAGACGCACGGAAAAGCCCCCCGAGAGCGAUGACGAGGAGAUGAAAGAGGCGGCAGGGUCCCUCCUGCACUUGGCGGGGAUUCGGUCCUGUUUGAAUAACAUCACCAAUCGGACGGCAAAGGGGCAGAAAGAGCAAAAGGAAACCACAAAAAAUUAAAAACAAGUCACUGAUUUGUUUUGAACUUACGGCCAUUUGGUUUCAGCAUGUCAGGAGAUUUCUAAUGAUUUGUGGCAAUAUCAGCAAUUUAUUAUUUUUUUCUUCUCUUUUCUUUUUUGGUUUGGUUUUCUUUCUUUUCUUUCCUUUUUUUUUUUAAUUUGCCCCCCUCCUUUGUUUUGGACCCUUAAGAAUUUUAUGUUUAAAGGAGAUUGAAGCCAUAGAACUCAUAUUGACACUCAGCUGUUUUACAAAAGCUUUUCAUUAUCUGAAGACAAAAUGAAAAAGCCAAAAUUACCAUUGCUUCCUCCAGCUUGUCAGAAACCCGUGGCUGAAUCCGCAGGGAUGGCAACGAAAAGGCCACAGGGAUACACAUCUGGCACCUAGAAGGCACGUGUGCAAAGUAACCAUCCAUCAGGCCCAACCUUUAGGUUUUAAAAGUCAGGAUAUCUACCCAGUUAGAUCUGCCGAGUGAAUGCACAUAAGGCAACUGAGGAGGAGGGACCCUGGGUUUCCCUAGGAGGGGCAGGGUGGUCACCAGUCCUCUGUGCUUCUUAACUGUGAAGCCUAGUAGCAUCUUACCAGGUGGACACUGGGCCAUUCCUGUACAGCAGGUGUCGAUGACUCAUGAGAAGCACGUGGGUCAGUUUGUAGUGAUGUUGCUAAUCAUUGAAUUCUGAUCUAUAGUAAAUGAGAAUGUUCCACAAGCCAUAAGCCUGAAGGUUGGUCCUGCACACACACACAUGCACACCAACACAACACACACACACACACACAGAUACACAAGAGCAAAAGAGAAAAAAACUGAUGCAAAAAAAACAAGCUCUGUCUUCUUAACUGCCCAAGUGAAAAGCAAAUCCAAGAAAUUACAGUAGCUGUUAAGGAAGGAAAUAAUGGUACAAAUCUUUUUCUGUCUGUCAAAACCAUUUGAUCCAAGUGAAAACAAAACAAAACUAAAAGCUACAGAACCUUCCAUUAGUAUUGUGGUGUAUUUUUUAAAGAUGAAAGGCACAUUGAUGGACAAACUAAAGUGAAAACAUGGCAAAAAAAAAAAAAAGAAAAAGAAAAAACUCCUAUACUGCCCUCAAAAUGGAGUUUGCAAUUAAUUAAUGUCAGGAUUCAUCUUUGCAAAAAUCCAGUGAUUUCCACACUCAGUCAGUGUAGCCAGCAGAAAUUUCUGAUCCACAAUGCAUGGAAUUCCUUUGAAAAAAGAAGAAAAAAAAAAGAAAAAAAUUCACAAAACACAAACUUUUUUUUAUUCAAAAGUAACGAAGUUCUUGUAAGGUAAAUAAUGUAUUUAGCAUGAAGCAUGAAUUAUUUUCAUAUAAAUAUAGAAAAUAGAGAAAAGGCUAUGCCUCUAAUUUUUAAGCCCUUAGGCUUAGAGGUUCUUUUGGUUUUCUUCUUUUUCCUUUUUUUUUUUCUUUCCUCUAGUUUUCUUUUUUUGUUGUUUUUACUUUUUUUCCUUUUUCUGAUUAUUUUGUUUUGGUUUUUUGAAGCAGGUGUUUAAGGUUUAACCUUCUUCAGGGACAAAUUGACUGUUGGGGAACUUACUCUGCAAUAUAAAAAUAUCUUCAUGUUCUGGUAGGGCCUGGAUGGUGGAUCUCUGUACUGCCUUGUCUGCACUUCAGCCCCCGACCCCCUCUGAUUCUCUGUUGAAACGUGUGUCCUUUCUCUCUGUCUGUACAUGUUUACCAUGACGCAAUAAUUUGAGGGCAAACUUAGUAGUGAGUGUGUAUGAUAGAAUCAAGAGAAUUAUGGGACGCUGACUUGAGAAAACCAUGACCGUGAUUUGGUUCUAGGAAAAAGGCAGUGAAUAAUUAUGCAAAUUCGCCAGGAGAAGGGGAAACACACGAAUGGGCCUUAUUGGAUGAGGGUGUGAGUUAGGGUACACGGAAGGACGAAGUGAAUGGGUGUUGGGAGGACCCGCCCCCGACCCUGUCCCGUGACUUCAUCUCACGGUGGGAAGGAGGGGCCAGCCAUCUCUACCACCUCGGUACACGAACCAUCCUGGAAUGAAGCCCACCUAGGUUGUGAGAGCUGAAUUUAGACAACCAGAUGAUGUCACGCAGACCAGAAACUCUUGUUCUCUUUGCCUAAGAGAAGCUAUUUGGGGAGAUCCAGAGAAGCCUCUAAAAGAAUUUGAUCUUCCACCCACAUGGAAGGGAAAUUUAGAACACAAACAAGAGCACCCACUACAGUGGCUCAGGAUCUGAUGUUGAGGGAAAGGAAGGGAAGUGGGGUGAUGGUGAUUUUAAAAAUGGGGCAGUGUGGGGCGCUGGGGUGCCCCCUGCCAGCACCAGGCACGAUCUGAAGCUCCAUCAGCCAGGACAGUGGGAAUUACCUGGUGCAUUCUCUUCCUCUGGGUUGCUGAUGAGAGAACCUGAAAGACAAUCUGCACCCACACGCAGGCCAGAGCCUGAAGACCUCCAGCGUAUCUGUGCAGGGUGUGGCUGGGAAUAAGGAUGUCUUUUUGAAGUGCUCUGUUCCCUCCGUCUCCCCAAACAUCUGACACCCCAAAAGCCAUCCACAGCUGUGGAACCUAAGCGACACUUUGAUUUGUGUUGUCACCUGACCCUGCCCACCUCCAUCCCCGCCCUCACUCCACCCCUAAGAUCAAAUUCAGACUUCCCUCCGCAAAGGCAGAGGUCAACGUCCAGGACGGUUUCUGGCCGGGGGGGUUCUUCCGAUUAAAACCCCCCACAGUGGGCUGUCUCCCCUCAUUUCCUUUUUCUAAAGGAGCAAAGGCCUCUUUUAGAAAAUAAUAAAAUGCAAUGUGUGUGA